CGCGAUGGCAGCCGCACGCUUUUCACCUGUCCAAUUGCUCAUCGCGGCGGUGGCGUUAUCGGCAAUCGCUGUGUCUGCGGGACCCACCAAAGAUCCUCAGUGCACUCAGGAUGGUCUCGAGAAGUGUGGAGCCGAUCUAAUUAUUUUCGCCUCGGGACCCAAGGUGGCGACGAACGCCGCACAGCUCAAAGAAAUUUGCCCGAAAGAACAGGCGUCAGAGAAAUGCGCUCGGGACUACAGUAAUCGUUGUCUACCGCGACUUCCCAAAGGAAUGGUAACGCUGUUCCUCGAUGGAGUGAAGGCCGAAGUCAACGGAAAGUGCAAAGAAGGACACGCGAAGAACAAGGAGUACCUCAAGCACGCGACGUGCAUGAACAGUCAGGGCGCGAAACUGCACGGAUGCAUGUCUCAAUUGGUGGCCAUCCUCGACCAGACAGUCAGCAAGGGAAUAACAGGAAAAGACGCCCAGAAGAAACAACUCAAGGAUUCGUGCUGCUCGUUCGGAAACAUGCGCUCGUGCAUGAUUGAGUCCGUGAAGGGACCGUGUGGAGCGGAUACGUCAAAAUACGUGGAUUCUCUAAUUCAGGGCUAUGCCGGGGAUCUCCUCGAUACGGUAUGCUCGGCUUUCCCGAUGUCAGAUUGCAAAGCCGCGCAGCACAUCAAAAUCAAGGCAGGUGCACCGAAAAACCUGCUCUCACCUCUAGCUCACAUGGUUUCUAGUCUCCAAGCACAGGGAUAAUCUCACGGGACUCACUCCGGCGGAUCAAGUCAGUUCAGGUGGUUCACUUCCAAGCAGACCUGAAUGUUAUUGCGCUGAACAAUCAAUCUUCCCGGGGCGCACGAGCGUCGAAUGCGAAGUUAGCAAUGAUAAUCACUCGUUUCAUAUCACCUACCCGAACCGGAACUGCCCAAGUGGUUGGUAAUAAUUACUCAAGUCGGAACA